AUGAUGGAUGUAGAAAAUCCAGUAGGAAGUAUGGACAAUGAUGAAUACCGUCAAAUAAAUGGUGAUGAGAAGUCGGAAUAUCUGGAUGAUGAUGGUAAAGUUAGUAAUGGCGAAAUAAAGCUGGCAUACGAUCAUAGCAAUAACAACAAAGGGGAAGGAGAUGAUGCGGCCGGAAGUGACAAAUCAGAAAAAUCAGAUGAUUCUGCUAUAAAAGAAGGCGCUUCUGGUGGAGACAUUCAUGCAAAAAAAGAACGUGCAUCGAGAUCAAAGUCGCGUUCUAUUUCAUCAAAGCGUCGGCGUCGUCGUCGUCGGCAUUCUUCAAGCUCAAGUACACAUACUGCUUCCACUAAAUCGCAUUCACGAAGCCGGUCGAGAUCACGGACCAAGUCACACUCACGUUCUCGAUCUCCACGACGCGCUAGCUCACGCUCGCGUUCGCAUUCACGUCGUAAAUCGUCCAAGAAAAAGGCUCGUCGUACUUCACAUUCAUACAGUCGCAGUCGCAGCCCAACGCGUCGUCGCAAAGUGUCACAUAGUCGCAGCCCGAGACGUCGUCCUACUCGUAGUUCGUCAUCUUCAAGUCGUGAUACUUAUGGUUCUUUCAAAGCUAUGAGCCCAGCUCGUCCGGUUUAUGAAUACCCUUGCCGCAAAUGUGAUCGUGAUUUCGAAACUAUUCGAGAGCUCUGUGAGCAUGAAAUCCGUGCUCAUGGUGCUUGUUUCCCAUGCCCUCACUGCGAGAAGCAGGCAUCGAGCGUGCAAAAACUUUGCGAGCACAUGAAACGUCGCCAUUCUGAUUACCGUUUGCUGUGUGAUUUUUGCAAAGAUGAUUUUGGUGGAAAAAUAAGUGGCGCAAAAGAUUCAAAUUGGGAAGAAUUUCGGGAUCACAUCUAUAAGGAAUGUCUGAAAGAGAAGAUCUACCUCGCUGAUCGUCAACGGGGUCGUUCAGCUGGAGUUGCCCAGCGAGGCCGAGGUCGUUGUCCACAUGGACCGCCGGUAAAAUGCAAGAAUUUUCCGAACUGUCCAGGCGAGAAAUGCUACUACUUUCAUGGCUACUGUCGUUAUGACAAGUUAUGUGUCAAAAAGGAAUGUCCAUUUGAUCACACGGAUCGUCCACGUAUUUGCCUGUCCUGCCUUAGAGAUUACAAACCAAAUUUGUUAUCGUCCUCGAAGUUAGCAUGUUGA